ACGGCAUUGAUGAAUUAGAGGUACGUUAUAAACGUGAGCUGAAAUCCCCACUACCAUCGCAUCAUAUAAUAGAAGACACGGGGAUAUCUGUAUGGCGAACGAUAUACGUGGCUAAUGAAUGGAAUGAAAUACAGACACAUCGUAAAACAAAUUAUUUAAUCACUUUAACAAUUGUGUUGAUUCUAAUGCAG